AUGUUUAGUGCAAGGAUCGAACACCCAUUCUCAGGGAAGAGUGGCACACGCCAUAUCGUGCGCUUCACGACUCAGCUAAGAGACCUUCUGUCCGGAUUGCUGCCUGAGGGUGUAUGUGCCCUGAGCAAUCCUGUCCGGGCUGGGGUUCUGGCUAGUUUCAACGUUUGGUCACUUUCUGUCCGGACUGGCUCCCGGCCGAUUUGCAAAAAUCCAAAUUUUUUGUCCGGAUCAGGACCAGACCGUUUCUGCUAUUGA